GUCUUGUCGGCAGCUGCUAUGGAUCUCCUACGUGAACGGCUAGCCAUGGCAAGUUGUUACUGUCUCGGCCUAAUGACAGGCGAUCUACGUGUUUGCAGCAGCUUCACUUGUCAUGGCGGUAGUUUCCUUCUUCGACUCUUAAGAGAAUGAUAUCUGGGAUCCACCUCCGUGGUCCCUGUCAAUUGUAAACAGACAUCGGUCUACCACGUCAUUUACCUUGUUAGCUAUCAACAGCUUCUCUGGAACGGUUCAAGAUGGCUUUUGACAAGCAAUCGCAGCCAGCAUCAAGGACUGACGAGAUCACCACCGCCCCUAAUCCCAACACUGCGCCGAGGAACGGACUUCGCGAUAAAGCCACAGAGUUCCUCGAAACCCACGGCGCAGGAGAUAACUCGUUCACCUACGAAGACGAACGCGCUGUGCUCCGCCGAAUUGACUUCCGUCUCCUGCCUCUCCUCCUGGGAGCCUAUUUCUUUCAGCAGCUCGACAAGAGCUCCCUCAGCUAUGUCUCCAUCUUCGGCAUCUCCAAAGACGCGCACCUCGUCGGCAAGCAGUACUCGUGGCUCGGCUCAAUCCUCUACCUCGCGCAGCUCGUCAUGCAGCCGCUGGCCGCCUACCUCCUGGUCAAGCUCCCGACGGGCAAGGUCAUUGGCGCCGCCAUCGUUUUCUGGGGCUCGUCGCUCGCCAUCAUGUCGGCCUGCACCACCUUCCCGUCCCUCCUGGGCCUGCGCUUCAUGCUGGGCGCCUUCGAGUCCAUGAUCGCGCCAAGCUGCGUCGCCGUCACGCAGAUGUUAUGGCGCCGCGGCGAGCAGACGCUCCGCACGAGCUAUUGGAACGCCAUGAACGGUAUUACGGCAAUUGUGGGUAGUUUGUUUACGUAUGGGUUGGGUCAUAUUGAGGGCCGGACUAUGUUCAAGUAUCAGAUUAUCUUCUUGUUUUGCGGGCUCCUGACGGUCUGCUAUGGCGGCGUGGCCCUGGUGUUUAUGCCUGACUCGCCCAUGGAGGCAAAGUAUUUGAGUGAGAGAGAGAAGGUGGUCGCCGUCGAGCGGCUGCGGGCAAACCAAGUGGGGGUGGCGUCGAGGGCGUGGCGGUGGGAUCAUGUCUGGGAGACGCUGAUGGACUUCAAAACGUGGUGCUGGUUUGUGGCCAUCGUGGCUAUUUCUGGGGGCAUUUCGACGUUUGGCAGCCUCAUCGUCAAAGACUUUGGUUAUACCAACUUUGACGCCAUUCUCUUCAACAUCCCGUUCGGCGCCAUCCAGUUCUUCAUGAUCAUUGGGUCCGCGUGGGCCGCCACACACUGGCAACGCAAGGGGCUGACCAUUGCGGCCGUCAGCGUUUUGCCCAUUGUCGGAACACUCCUUAUGCUGACAGUUCCUCGGACGGGAACCAACAAGGGCGUCUUGCUGUUCGGAUACUAUCUGUGUGCGCAGAAUACGGGCGGCGACACGAAAAAGAAGGCCACUUCGGCCAUAGUAUUCAUCGGCAUGUGCACUGGGAAUGUCAUUGGGCCGCUGCUCUACGACGAGGCCCAGGCACCGCUCUACCGGGUCGGACUCAUCUCCAACCUCAUCAUGUUUGCCCUAGUUGGUGGCAUCUCAGCUCUCAUUCCUUGCUACCUCAUGUAUCUCAAUCAUUGGCACGCCAAGCGACGCGAGGAACUAGGCAAGAAUGCCGCCCUCAUUGACGAGUCCAUGAUGGACAAGAGCCAGAUGGAGCACAGCAAGGCCGUCGAGGUCGAAGACGCUAAUACCCGUAGGCAGAAGGCACUUGAGGAGGACAAUGCGCUAAAGGACAUGACUGACCUGCAGAAUGAGGACUUCAUCUAUGUUUAUUAAGGUCUUGGGCAUCAACAUGACUGGAAUUCACCCCGAGUCCAGCGUUGAGUCAGGGGCAAUAGCCCCUGAGCCGGGUUAGGGUUGAGAGUUACGCUUGAAUUGAACACCCCCAAUUGACGCCC